CUAGCAAUGAUUAUCGAUUAUAAUGAACAGAACUGCCACUACCCUUAGAGCGGAUCUGUCCAACUCGCUGUCCUUAUGAUAGAGAUUGCUAUUGCUUUUGCCGAGGGCCGCUCAAUGCGGUAUUAGAGAUAUAAAGGGCAAUCGCACUGCGCUUCCUCAUCUCACCCCCAUGUCCCAUCUCUCUCAUCCCGCUCGAGCUAUGCCUCCGCGCGUCGUUCUGCCUGGUAUCAACGAACUGCUCCCCGAGCGGCUGAUGCCGUGGCUCUCACCGAUUCCCUCGCCCUUGCGCCGCUCACGACCGCACUGCCGGUUCGACCGCCCCGACGCUUCAUCUCUGUCCCACUCGUCUUCACACUGGAGAUACUCUCGGCUCUGCCCACCCUCUUCGGCGUCCUCCUCUACGUCCGACAUCGACUGUUACGACGUUAGCACGCCCCACAGACGCCCGGAGCCCAUCACCAUCCUCUCCCUGUCCUCUCCCUCCUCCUCCUCCUCCUCCUCCUCCUCGGACGACUCGGGAUCUGGCCUCGAGUUCGACUGCGUGCAGCCGCAAUACGACAGCCUCGGGCGCAAGAACUACGCCUGCGGGGUGUGCGGGAAGGCGUUCACGCGCCCGAGCAUCCUGCGCAUCCACGCGCGCGUCCACACCCGCGCCAAGCGUGCGUGCCGUGCCCUCCCGUCCGCCGCCUGCCUCCUGCUGACGCCGCGUGUAGCAUACCGGUGCCCGUUCUCCAGCUGCGGGCGCGAGUUCAGCGUGAACUCGAAUAUGCGGAGGCAUUUCAGGAACCACUCGGAUGUGCGCCGCGCGCUGGAGUGCGGAUCGACGAUACAGGUCGCGUUGGGGCGGUUCUCUGGGCGGCAUGGGAGCACAGCGACGCGUGGUGCUCCCGGUGAACAUCAUGCGCUACAUCGCAAUCUGCAUUGAUACGAUUCAAACGUCGGGGUACGGCUUCGGGGAGACCUCUGGCCGCGCAGCAGGUGGAAUGGCGACUUGGCUUCGGGUAUUUAUUAUCGGCCCCACCGAUUGCGCAAGAAAACGGAUCUGGCUUGUGUCUCAGAGGGCAAUUGUCUCAGAUAGUUGGGAGCUAGGGUCGAGAAAGGAUUUAUGUCGUGCAUGGGCAUCGGGGCUAGAUCGUCAAGGGGCUAUCUCUCCUUUCACCACAUGGGGCAAUUGUAGACUUCGAGUGCCACAAAACUUCUGUUUGAAUGUUGUCCUAGCGGUGAUAACCUUGUGAUGAGCAGUCCGGUGCAAAGUGUU